AUGGCCGAGAUCCAGAGCCUUCGGCAGUGGUCCGUCAGUGAGCCGUAUCUCGAGACGCACUGCUCUCUCGGCGAGGGCCCUUACUACGAGCCCGGAACCAACACCCUCCGCUUCGUCGAUAUCAUCAAGCAGCGGCUGCAUACCGUCUCCCUAACAGAAGGCCCUUCCUCGCUAAAGACGCUCCAGUUUUCCGAGGCCAUUACCGUCACGGCUGAUAUCCGGGGCCGUGACCCACAGGAGGCGUUGUUAGUGGGAGCCAAGCAGGGUCUGGCGGUGCUGGAUAGGAAAACGGGCCAGUACGAGUAUGUGACCAAGUUUGAGGACGAGAAGGGCGACCGCAUCCGGAGCAACGAUGGCGUGGUUGACCCGAACGGGCGAUUUUGGCUCGGUACCAUGACCGACUUCAACAGGGGCCCAUUCCAGCCUGAAGGCUCCCUCUACCGCUUCACCCAUGGCACCGCGGCGACUCGUACACGCUCCGGGCUCACCAUCCCCAACUCGGUUGGUUUCUCUCCGGACGGCCGCACCAUGUACUUUACGCACUCGACAGCACGCGAGGUGAUUGCCUGGGACUACGACGAGAGCGGCGAGGUGUCCAACGAGCGCGUCUUCUACCGCCACGUCGGCCAAGGCGAGCCCGACGGCUUCCGCGUGGAUACCGAGGGCAAUCUGUGGCACGCCGUGUACGGCGAGUCGCGCGUACUCAAGAUCUCUCCUGCCGGCGAGCUCAUCGGCGAGGUCAAGAUCCCCACGCGCAACGCCACCUGCUGCGAACUGAUUGGCGGUGGCGAGCUGGCUAUUACCACUGCUGGGGAUGAUGAGGGCGAGGGUGAGAGCAAGAGGCUGGGUGGUGCUGUUUUCCGUGUUCAAGUCGGGGCUGAGGGUACGGCGCGGUAUGCCUACAAGCUGUAA